AGAGAAACACUGUUUCUUGGUUGAAGAUUAACUGCUUGUGUCCGUGUGCAGUAUGAGAGAACUGGUAAUACUAGUGUUCCUGGUCUCCAUGCAAUAUGCGGCCAGUGAUUCAGAAUAUAAGUGUUUAGAAGAUCAGGACAGCAUCGCUACAGACGCAGCCGUGAAGUUCAUCAACGACCAUCAUCGUCAUGGAUACAAGUUCAAGUUUGUCUCUCUGGACAGUCGCACAGCCAAGGAGAAGGCUGAUCCUUGUGAGGUUGUCUUCAGGAUCACCUUAGAAGAAACUGUAUGUCACAUUGUGAAUCCUAAACCUGCAGAUCAGUGUGUAGUAAGAUCGGAGGCUGAAACGAAAGUGGUAGCCAAAUGCAAUGUGACCAUCUCUAGUAUUGAAGGAAACGCAGCUGUGAAAAACUACAUCUGUGACACUGAGCCAGGUUCACAUCAAUUGCUGGUGAAGAAAUGCCCUGACUGCCCUGCUCUACUGCCCCUGCAUGACCCUAAAAGUCUAGAGAGUGUGAAAGCUGCCUUGCAGGAGUACAACAAGGAAUCCAACCACACAUCUUACUUUAAAUUGAUGGAAGUUGGAAGAAUCAGCACACAGUGGAUGUUUAUGGGUCAAAGCAUCUAUGCUCAGUUUGCCAUUAUGGAGACAGACUGUCCAAAAAAGGAGGCAUCCCAGAAUCGAGAAGCGUGCAAGGCUUUAUGUGGAGAUAAGGCUCGGUAUGGAUUCUGUAAAUCCACUAAGUUUGGAAUGAACGAACCAAGAGUGGAAUGUGAGAUUUAUGAAGUUCAGAACACAACUCAUCCUUUUCAAUCAAGAGACUGUGGUCCUCCACUUCACCACCACCACCAUCACCACCACCACCACCACCACCAUCCAGGGCACCACCCAGAUCAUGCUCACCCUCAUCGCCCUGAUCAUGGGGGCCACAAGGACAAAACACCUGAUCAAAAGGGUCAUCCAGAACAUAAAGGCCACGGGCACAAGGAAAAACCCUCAGAUGACAAACACCGGCCAGAACAUGAUGACAAAGACACACCCCGUUGUGUACAUCGCCCUUUGAUCCUUCCAGAAUCCAGGCCUGAGGGGCGCCAUGAGUUCCCAUGCCACGGCUUUGUAAAAAUACCCCCCUCUAUUUAUCCAAUUUGCCCCUUCCCUCCUCCACGUCUCUGCAGGGGUCCUCCAGAGCUAGUUCCUCGUCCUGCACCUCCUGCUCCUCAGUAACUAACUCUAAAGUGACCUAGGGAACUUAUUUUAAACACCUGAACAAAACUGAAAAUAAAAAAUAAGUAUUUUGUCUCAGAAUAUGUGUGAUAAUUUCAGGGAAUCUCAUUAGCUGCACAAAUCUAGACAUGUUCAAAAUUAUCAAGUAUUAGAUCAAAUUACUUUAAAAUAAACCUUUAGACUUUGCACAAGAUGACCUCAUGAAUCAGGAAAAUUUUGCCGUGUGUAGUGACAAAAAGGUGUUUAGGAAAGUUCUCUGUUAGAUUGUGUUGCUGUUUAGUGUUUAGGGACAAAAUCAAAUCAAAUUGCCUUUGUUGUACCAUAAAAACUGAACAUCUAUGGAGAUUAAACUGGGUAGUGCCAAUGUAAUUGCGUAAGAACAUUCGGAGUCAGGCACAAUAAAAAUCCUUCAAGGCUGA